AUGGCGUCCGUAGCUUACUAUGAGCUUUACCGUGGCAGCAGCCUUGGGUUAUCCCUCACCGAUACUCUCGACGACCUGAUCAACGAAGGCCGUAUUGAGCCUCAGCUGGCGAUGAAGAUCCUUGGGACCUUUGACAAGAUUGUCACUGAAGUUUUGGCCGACAAAGUUCGGGCCAGACUGACCUUCAAGGGCCACUUGGACACAUACCGAUUCUGCGACGAAGUUUGGACCUUCCUGAUCAAGGAUGUCUCGUUCAAGCUUGACAACCAGACAACUGUGACCGCAGACAAGGUGAAGAUCGUGAGCUGCAAUAGCAAGCGUCCUGGUGAGGCGACAUUACCCUGGCUUCGCGCCGAAAAUAGCAUCCCUGUGAAAAAAGAGUCAACACCGCGGAAGCGCGUGAAAACGGAACCCAGUCCUGAUCGCGACCUCACUCCCAAACACUCUCGAGUUUCUCCCCCCAGGCGCGAUUUUUUCAGAUCCUCCCAAAGCCCGCCGACAUCUCCCAUCAGACGCUGUCCCUCCGAAGAAUUCUUGAUUGAAGGAAUUCAACACGAUGAUGGUUGGGUCAUGGUCGAAGACGAGUUCUACGCCGUAGCACAGACAUUUACUCAACAUCUACAUCAUGCGGAGUACUUGCGACGCAGAAAGGAAGUGAAAGCCGCAAAUGCAGCCGGAAUGAGUGAAAUUGAGAGGCCUACAGACAACCGUACCCCAGUGCCAAAUGAGACUGAACGGAAAAGAGAAGCGGAGGCGUUGAGGAAGCGACAAAAAGCUGGACUCGCGCAGAUGGGAGAUGGGGGAGUCGACAACGAUGAAGAUGAAGAUGAUGAGAGAUGGGCUGGGACACAUCUUCAUGAUCUCAUGACGAGCCCACGAAAAUCACGGUCCUUGGCGGGAGUUCACGGGCCUAAGUCCUCUACCAGGGCUGCUGCGGGCUUUGGACAGAUGCCUACCUCGGGUAUUGGACGAGCCCGGGUGAAUAGUAUCGGGAGUGUGACUGCGCCAUCAAAAGCAGCAGCAGUUCCAUGCAUCAAUCUGGAUGAAGAGACGGCCUCGGGUUCGGAUGACGACGGUGACGAUCUUGACCGAGAAACCCAGCCAGUCGUGCUGCCACCGGACCUCCUGCAAGACCGCCUGUAA